AUGGCGGUGGAUGUGUGGUUCACCUUCUCGCAGGCCUUCGUGCGGGCUGGUGACAGGGGCAAGUCGUCCAAGCGUUUCCGCAUCUACAGCGCCUACUCCUGGCUCGCUCCUCUCCUGUUUGUCUUACCUGCCGUCUUCAUCCAGAUCCUUGACGAUGACUCGCCAGUUAACCCUCGCUAUGGCGAGGAAAUCUGCUGGGUGGCCAACCUUUAUGCCCUCCUAAUAUUCUUCGCUGCUCCUGUUCUGCUUCUGCUGAUAUUCAACGUUGUCUUCUUCUCCAUUUCCGUUCGAAAUAUUGCGCAUGCCCGCGCCACAACUGCCCGGAUGCUAGGCAAAGAGGACAAACAAAAGAUGGGGAUUUAUGUCAGGCUCACCGUGGUGAUGGGACUGACAUGGACGCUGGGAUUUGUGGAAGCGAUCAUUCCGCAUGAGCUGCUGCCUGCCUUUUACAUUCAUUGUCCUUGUCUUUCAGAUCUGCGCUACAGCUUUGUAUUGAUGAAUACCUUACAAGGCCUCUUCAUGUGCAUCUCCUUCGUCUGCACCAAGAAGGUGAUCCAACUCCUCAAAGACAAAGUUCGUGGAAAGAGUCUCAAGAUCAGUAAAUCAAGAAGCACGGACCUCACGACUGUGUCCAAGUCUGCAAGUUUAGGAAUUCAGGCACUCUCCUUUUCUUCCACACAGCCAACUUGA